CCCCGCCCCUAGUCCCUUCAGCGGGGUCCGGAGCCCACUGUGCCGUCGCCUCUUCCUUUUUCGACGCCUCCGCCGCCUCCUGAGGAGGCGAGCUAGCCGGGAGUUACACCGCCACCGCCAGUUGCUGAAUUCCAGAAAUUGCUACCUCUAGAACUGUAUGGAAUCAACUUCUAAGGACCUGGAAGUGCAUUUUGCUUACAGUUUGGUGGAAGACAAACUUUCAUUCACCUGUACAGUUGCAAGUACAGAGCACAGGCCUACUAAUCUUCAAAGCUUGGUUGAGAAAGGAUUUAUUUGAGCUGGGUGCAGUGGCUCAUGCCUUUAAUCCCAGCUACUCAGGAGGCUGAGGAUGGAUAGAAUGACAGAAGAUGCUCUUCGCCUGAAUCUGUUGAAGCGGAGCUUGGACCCAGCAGAUGAGCGAGAUGAUGUCCUAGCAAAGCGACUCAAAAUGGAGGGACAUGAAGCCAUGGAACGUCUGAAAAUGUUGGCACUGCUGAAAAGAAAGGAUUUGGCAAAUCUUGAGGUGCCACAUGAGUUACCCACCAAACAGGAUGGCAGUGGUGUCAAGGGCUAUGAAGAAAAACUCAAUGGGAAUCUCAGGCCUCAUGGAGACAACAGGACUCCUGGAAGGCCAGGCAAAGAAAACAUCAUUGAUGAGCCUGUGGAUAUGAGUGCUCGGCGGAGUGAGCCAGACCGAGGAAGGCUAACCCCCUCCCCAGACAUCAUUGUCUUGUCUGACAAUGAGGCUUCCAGUCCCCGUUCCAGCUCCAGAAUGGAAGAAAGACUCAAAGCAGCCAACCUAGAGAUGUUUAAGGGGAAAGGCAUUGAGGAACGGCAACAGCUCAUCAAGCAGCUGAGGGAUGAGCUACGAUUGGAAGAAGCCCGACUGGUGCUAUUAAAGAAACUGAGACAGAGUCAGCUACAGAAAGAAAACGUGGUCCAGAAGACUCCAGUUGUACAGAAUGCAGCAUCUAUUGUUCAGCCAUCUCCUGCCCAUGUGGGACAGCAGGGCCUAUCCAAGCUUCCCUCCCGGCCUGGGGCCCAAGGGGUUGAACCUCAAAAUUUGAGAACAUUACAGGGUCACAGUGUCAUCCGUUCAGCAACCAAUACCACCCUCCCACACAUGUUGAUGUCACAACGUGUUAUUGCACCAAACCCAGCCCAACUACAGGGUCAGCGGGGCCCGCCUAAACCUGGCCUCGUACGCACCACAACACCCAACAUGAAUCCUGCCAUUAAUUACCAACCGCAGUCAAGUUCUUCCGUUCCCUGUCAGCGCACAACAUCCUCUGCCAUCUAUAUGAACCUUGCCUCUCAUAUCCAGCCAGGGACCGUGAACAGAGUGUCCUCACCACUUCCUAGCCCCAGCGCCAUGACCGAUGCUGCCAACUCACAGGCUGCAGCGAAAUUGGCUCUUCGCAAACAGCUGGAAAAGACACUCCUGGAGAUCCCACCCCCAAAACCUCCUGCUCCCUUGCUUCACUUCCUGCCUAGUGCAGCGAAUAGUGAAUUCAUCUACAUGGUAGGCCUGGAAGAAGUCGUACAGAGUGUCAUAGACAGCCAAGGCAAAAGCUGUGCCUCACUUCUGCGGGUCGAACCCUUUGUAUGUGCCCAGUGCCGCACAGAUUUCACCCCUCACUGGAAGCAAGAAAAGAAUGGUAAGAUUCUGUGUGAGCAGUGUAUGACCUCCAACCAGAAGAAGGCUCUAAAAGCUGAACACACCAACCGGCUGAAAAAUGCUUUUGUUAAAGCCCUACAACAGGAACAGGAAAUUGAACAGCGAUUGCAGCAGCAGGCAGCCCUCUCCCCUACUACGGCUCCAGCUGUAUCCAGUGUCAGUAAACAAGAGAGCAUCAUGAGACAUCAUACACUUCGGCAGGCUCCACAGCCCCAGAGCAGCCUCCAGCGUGGCAUACCCACAUCUGCCCGCUCCAUGCUUUCAAACUUUGCACAGGCACCCCAAUUGUCUGUGCCGGGUGGCCUCCUUGGUAUGCCAGGUGUCAACAUUGCAUACUUGAAUACUGGCAUCGGAGGACACAAAGCCCCCAGUUUGGCAGAUCGACAGCGUGAAUACCUUUUAGACAUGAUCCCUCCCCGGUCUAUAUCGCAGUCCAUCAGUGGACAGAAAUAACGCCUGUUCCACUUGUACUGCCCCAACCUUGAAUCCUUUACCCCUUUCUUCUCCCAUUCCCCCAACUUCCGUCGCAUGCAGUGCCUGUACUGGUGCCUACCAUACACGGAAAGAAAAACAGAAGACAAAAAAAUAGAAAUCAAGAAAACACACGCCCUGCCCCACCAACUCCCCUUAUUUCACACUGCUGCGAUCUAUUCUUCUGCCGCUCUGUCUUCUCUCUUCGAUUUUAACAGUUAGGUGGAUCUUUACCUCUGAUAGAGGUUGGAAUGAGGUCCUGGGGAGAAUCUAAGCCCUCCAACAUGUGUUUCUAAAGUUUGUUUUAUUCUGUAACUAUUAUCAUUUUUAAUGGUAUUAUGUGUCCUCCCUUUGUUCAGUAGACGGUUAAACCUUCCCCCUGCCCCAGUCUUUUUUUUUUUUUCUUUUCUUUCUUCCUUCCUUCCUCCCCCGCCCCCACCAUAAACACAGAUGAUAUAUUCAGUUCAAUGAUAGGAGCAUUGCAGAUUGCAGUAGGGUCCCCAUCUGCCAAGUAGAACAUGACUGGGAGUGUUAGGGGCAGAAGUUUUGAAUGCACUUAAUGGGGGGGGAGGGGCUGGGAAGGGGGAUGGGUAGCAUCAAACAGGAGGAGUGGCACCCCACCUGUGAGUGUUUUGGGGCUGGACAGUUUGGGAGGCAGUGUUUAGUAUUGAAGUUGGGCUCUAAGAAUGAGGGGAAAGAGCCUGGAGGGAGAAGCUUUAAAACUCAACCACCCUGGAAUUUACCCAUGGAGGAAGGCAAAGAAAGAGGUACGAUGAUGAGCGUAAUGGUGAGCCAGGGAGGACUGAGACCAGGUCCUGCCCUCUGGAUGCUGAGGGGAAUAAGAUUAGUCUCCUGACCCCAGUGGGGACACGGAAGUCUAUUCCAGGCCAAGUAGCCCAAAAUUAUUUCAUCUUCUUUUCUUUGUAAAAUUCUUCCCCACCCUUACCCCCCCUUUUAAAAAUUCUAAUCUAUCCCCUCUAAUCAUAGCCCCAUCUAUAAUAUAGAGGAGUGGCUGUUCCCACGCUGUUUGCUAGGUACCCUAAAAGUUGGAAUGGGCAUGAAGUCAAGUGACAAAAGGAUGAAAUAGAAGAAGGAAGAAGGAAUUUCUCUCCCAACAUUUGAGAUUCUCACAUUUGUUUAUCCCUUCAUCCUCUGAGUGCCAGGCGUUAAGGUUAAGGGCACUUAAUCAGGUUGGAGUCUUGCCCCAAUGCUGCUGCACUAACUGCAGAACCAGCUGCUCAAAGCCAGACAACUAUGUCAGAACCAACUUAGGACCUCUGCUAUACAAGUAGUUGUCAUUUUGUUCUCCCAGAAUUCUAUUAAUUUUGCCUUUUGGGGGGUUUUUUUGUUUUUUGGUUUUUUAAGCGCUACUAAUGUAGAGAAUGAAUUGAAUUGUGCAAUGUUGCUGUUUUGGGGAUUGGGGAGAUUAACAUCCCAUUUGCCCACACUGUGGGGGAAGAGAAAGGGGACCGGGCUGUUUUUGAGGUAAGGGAAACCCCUUAAAGGUAUGGGUUUCUGCUCUCUUCAUAGUGUAUACCCACCUGCCUCUCCAGCUCUAGAAGCUGCCAGAGUGUGCAGGCGGGAUAUUCUCAACAGAGAGGUAUGAGGAGGUUUUUAAUAUUUUGCCCUUGAAAGCCACCUGAGGAAGUUCCCCCACUUUUAUUUUUUAAAAUUAAAUAAUUUUUUUAAAGAAGGCACUUUUAAAAUUAACACACACACAAACUGCACAUCUUCCCCAUAAAAUUUUGGGGUGAGUUGGGAGGAGGAGCUAAAAUCAGGCUCAGUUCCCCCACUCUGACCUCUAUUCCCUACACCCCAGUGCCACUGUGGGUGAUUAUACUGGCCCUACGGGCCUUCCUGGUAUUUUUUUCUUUCCUCCCUUCCCCCAAAUUCAUUGAGCACUUAAUGAAGGAGCAGAGAUGCAGCCAGUGUCUGGGCUCCCCCAGUGGUGAAAUGAUCUGGAAGCUAGAUGCUAGUAACAGGUAGUGAUCGGGUCUUUUCGAGUAUUUUUCUGGGGAAUGUGGUACCCCUGACUGUAAGUGGUGGGAGAGGGAGGGUGGGUUAAUGGAACUGGGUCUGGGAUUAUUUUAAAAUUAUAUAUAUAUAUAUAAAGAUAUAUUCUUACAUCUUUUUUUUUGCCCACUGUGCUUUGAAAGCACUGGAUAAAUCGUUUGGUUUUGCUUUUCUCUCUUCCACAAAUUGGAAGCUUUUUUUUUUUUUUUAAUAUUUUCCCUACAAGUCAUCUGGCCUUGUGGCAUGUCUGUCUAGCCUCUCCUCCCCACCCCCUCAUGAUGAAGUGCCAUUUCUGUUACGUCUCUCUCUCCCCCAGCUCAGAGGUGCCCAGAGGUACAAGGUGCCCAAGUUUGUCAGUUGAGAUUAAAAGUAAGGAACAGAGAAUGUGCAAUACCGUCUGGCUGGGAGCUGUCCCUGCCCUGCCCUGAGCUGAGUCCCUUCCCUGGGAGCCAGGCCACCUUUGAAUGGGGUUUGGAAGUAAGCUAUGAGGAGAUGGGGAAUGAUGGGGAAGGAAAGCCCAUAGUCCAGGCCAUAGGGGAGAGGGUAGAAUUUUCCGUUUUUAUCCCCUCAGGGUCAGUUACAUAAAAGCUGCUUGUUGGCUAGUAUAGAUAGCUCUGUGACCCUUUUUCAAUCGCUGAGGUUUGAUUUCUUACCCUCUCUUCUCCCCAUUUUCAUACCCUUCCUAGGGAUUAGUGAUGGAGGUGAGGUCUCCCUAAUCAUGGUAAAGUAUUAGCCUUCCACCUCCUCCCUUCCCUCCCUCUCCCCUGACCCUCUGUCUUCCUCUUUUCUCUACUUUUUCAUCACUGAUUGCCUUGUGUCCCUCCAGGUCUAUUGUUACUUUCCAUCCCCAGGCCUUGGGCUCUGUAGACACUAAACCUCAUGCCCUAAGGAUUGGAGAAAAGACCCUCUGUUUGGAGAGUUACCCUUUAUCACUGGGGCUCUGAAGUUCAAAGUAUCAAUAGAGUGAGGAUCCCACCAGUUCUGCUUGGCUUCUGCCAUCCCCAGAGACAUUAAAAGUAAUAGUUUAUGGACAGUGUCUUCUGAGAAGCCUGAAAACGGGUGGAUUAGUGGUAAAGUUUGGGUAAAACUGGGGGACAGAGGUUCUUAUUUGUCAAUUUUAUUUUGUCAUUUGACCACAGCAUCUGGACUCCCUCCAUCCCUGGAAUAAGUAUUUUCCCCACAUUUUUGGAUAUAUGUAUGGUAGACAAUUUUUUUUUUUAAGACAGAGAUAAAUGUUUUCCUGCUUUGGUUACCUUUCCCUUCCCCUUUAAAAGGAAUUAGCUAUAGAACUGCUUUGUAAAGAUGCUUCUUGAUAUUUUACUUUUGUUCCUUUUCCCCAACCAUUCCCUUUUCUCCCCACUCCUUCAGAAGGUGUAACCCUUCUCUCCACACCCCCUACCCCCACCCCAGUCCUAGGCUCCCUUCCCUUCCAUCAAGACCUUCAUUAGCUUAUGAUAUUUGCUGCCGAGAUGUUAUAACAAGGACUCAUUCGUGUAUAUAAGCUAUUUCUUGAUCCAUUUAAAAGGAAUUGUACAUUGUGUAGAAAAAAAAAAACUGAAAAAGAGAAAAAAAAGCCCUAGCCAUGGAUAUUGUGAAACUGUGUUAUGUCAUUUUGUAAUGUGCCCGUUUGUGUAUGAUCCGUGCAAAAGGGUUUCUGGGGAAGGGGUGGGGGUAGGGAGGCAGGGAUGUGGAGGGUGGGUAGGGGAGUGGGCCGGGCCCAGCACACUGAGACUGGCAGCUGCUCCAACCCCAUCCCUCCUUAGAGAUGCCACCUCCCCCACCACCCACCCCUAAUUUGUGCCUUGCCUCCCCACCCUGGAGUAGUCCCUCCGGGUCACCAGCACUGCCUUGGCAGAGCCCACUCCCUACCCUAACCUGCCCACCCUCCCUAUCCCCCAGCAUUAGGUUGAUACUGUGGGGAAGUGCUGGGGGGUGGGAGGUAGCCGAGGAAUGGGGCAGUUCCUGGGGGCAUCGAAACCAAGUAUUAUUAUGAAUUGUAAUUGUAUUUGCACUGUUUUUUUCCCUCUGAUUGCAUUAGCAUAUAUACAAUAUACCUAUAUAACAAAAUUCAGUGUCAAGCUUUCUUAUGCAAGGGAUUUCCCCCACCCUACCAUCUCCCCCCCCAAAAAAGAAAGAACCUAGUCUCAUGGGCCUUUGAGGGUGGAUUGUAGGGGAUAAUAGAAAGGAUUUUAAUAAGUCAUCCUAAGGGGGUUUCACCUAGUGAGAGCCACAUCCAUCUGCACAGUUUUAGGCUGCAUGAACUGAGGUGAGGCUGGGCUCCUGGUCCAGGACUCUGGAGAGUAGAAAACCACCACACAAAGCAGGUGGAGGGGGCUGAAGUCUGGAGGCCUGGGGUCUCCUACUAAUUUGCUAUGUGACCUUUGGUAGAGUUAGUUUUCUGAGUCUCAGUUUUCUUAUCUGUGAAGUGAGCGGGGAAAUCAUCUGGCCACCAAGUUUAAAAUUCUAUGCUGCUUUCCCCACCUGCCUAAAACAAAAAAUAUCUUGAGGUGAGGGAAGUGUUGGGCUGAAAAACCAGGGAGGAAAUGAAGGUGACUAGUGUUGAAGUGGUUAUGUAUGUGACAAUGCCCUUGGAGAGCUGCUAGUCCACUACUGUUAUCCUUGAUAUGGUAGAGGCAGCAGAGUGAUGUCCGGGACAUCAGUUUAGACCAGUGACAUCUUUGUCUUUAUGUCUCUAGUCAUCUGAGGGCAGGGACCAGGACCCAAGCCCCACCUCACAGCAAACAACAGAGCCCUUAAAGGUGGUUGACCAAUGAAUGCCCCAGGUUGGUGCUCUACUUACUUACUCCCUUUGUGAGCUACAUGAUGUGGAACUUCCCCUGUCGUCUUAGAGACAAAAUAGGAGAGCUCAGAUAGAGCCUACAUCUUGUCUCCUUUCCACAGAUAAUCUGAACCCCCUAAAGACAGCUGUUUCAGUCUGCCUCCUUCAGGGGCCCAAUUUCCCCCCAGCCUGGGCUGAGUACUCCCACUCUCUUAAGAUUCUUGGCUGGUAAGGCCUGGAGAGGAUACAGAAUGAUGGGUGAGGCCCUGGUGAAGGUGGAAGGAUAGAUUGGGGUUGGGGGGUGGGAGCAGGGAGGUAGGAUGGGGAAUGGCCUUCCCUGAGUAGGGUGGGUGGGAGGGGAACAAGACCCUUUUGCACAACUCUUUUUAAGUUUCCUUUACUUUUUUUUUUUUUUAACUCAUUCUAAUUUUCUGCAUUGUGUUUGGGAAAUAAAAUGAAAAAACUAAGACCAAUAGAAACUGGUUUUCAAAAAGGCAAAUACACUCCCAUCUGUUUCAGAUGCUGCUGAGCAUUUCAGCAGUGACAGAUUCAAAUAAUAAGCUAAUUUUUGGAGAAAGGAUUAAAAGAAAAAAAAACUUUGUAAUAUUUAUCACUUGCAAGCUAUGUUUAAUAAAGAAAGGAAUGGUUUCUAAACUUU